CCAAAAAAAAAUCAAAAAGACAUGCGAGGGAUAACGGUCUUGAAGGAUGGAAUGAGGUGGCGGUUUGGCAGGAAUUCAAACCGCCAUUCAUCUCGGGGGAAAUAUGGACGGCAUAUAUUGAGCACGUGACCUUAAAGCGGUUCUCACGGCGCUCACAGUCUGGCGCCGACAACCGGAACCGGCAAAUUUAUGGUUCGGUGACCACGCACACUAGCGGAUCCGUCCCAUUCAGCGCACAUGCAAAGCGGAUGGCUGCGUCUCUUGGACGUGAACUGAGUCCAAUGGAGCUGUUUCUAGAGACGCAUGUGCGGAGUCAAGACCGCCAAAAGGGGGUGCAACAGUUCGUGGACAACCGUGCUCAGCACUUCGUGGAGACCUAUAAUAGCCGGUUGAGGGAGAGAUAUGGGGACAAUCCGUCGACCCAUCCAGAUUUCGAUCCAGAUUUGUGGAUGGAGGCGGGAUCGUCUGGUGGACCCGAUAAAAAUAGGGUCUACGGGCUCUCCAACACUACGGCUGACAACUUGCGGUCGACUCGUAGUGUCUCAACUGUUGGAAGCUCUCCAUCAGUAUCGAACACCCAGUCUGAGGAGUUCAUUGCGUUGAAACAACAAUAUCAACAACUCUCGACGAAUUAUGAUGAGCUCCGUCAAAUAGUCAUGGAGAUGAGAUCAAAGAUGGGUGACGAUACUUGUGCAGCUUCUUUUUGGCCGUAUGGUCCCGGGAACAACCAGCCUCCUCCUCCUCCUCCGCCUCCUCCUCCAGCUCCGCCGCUAUUCUAGUUUAA